AUGGAUGAGGCCCACCCUGCACGGGCCCCGAACGGCUUUCCACACUUGAUCAACCCCAUGCCAAGGACAAAAAACACGAGGAGUCCCGGCCCUCCAAUUCGCUCAGCGUGGCGCUCCCGCCUCCGAGGGCGGAGGAGACCAGGGACGGGCUCGUUCGACGGUCACGCACGAGGCCGGGCAUGCAUGCAAAAUUGGUCGCGGGUGAUGCCGCUGGCCACGUUUGUUGGUGUGAUGAAAUCCCAUGUGGCGUUUCUUAUCCGCAGAACCUCCUUAACGGUAUCGCUCUAUAAUAACGACUCCCUUACUAACAAGUGCGCGGGCUGCAGGACGAAGGUCAAGGCUCUGGCAGAUUACUGCGGGGAUCUGAGGGAUUGAGGCCGCGCAAAACAGGAUGAUGCUUGAUCAUAGUGACAACGGCGAAAAUUUAACAGGCGCGGGCGAGGCGUGAUCCCGCGAGGGAGAUCAUGGAGUAAGCGAGAACAGGAGAAGGGAAGGGUGGAUGAAAUGCUGCAUGCUACUGUGUAUCUAGGUGGUGCCCCAUACUUGGCAUUGUGCUGCCAGGGACGAAACGAGAAGAACGCAAAAUAGGCUAUGCCUGGCGAAUGCGAUGCGACCAAAGCGCGCUAUUUUUUAGCCAUGUCGGGAAGGAGCAUUUAGAAACUUCAGGAGCCAGCGGCUAGACAAAAAGGGUAGAAAAACGGUUCCAGCCGAUCGGUAAGAGUCACGAUACUUUCAUCGGCCUGUCACAGAUACAGGGCUGCAGCACGUUCGUCAUUCAGACAGACAGGGUCUUAAUACACAACAGUCAGUGUUUCUCGAG